GCAGCAUGUUCGCACGGAGGCAGGCCGAGCGGGCGAGCGUGGAGGGGAUGUCUGACGGAUACUUCGUUCAAUUCUAGUUCUAGGUGAGCAUUCCAGCUCUCCCCGUGUUCCGACAUAAAUUUUUUUUUUUUUUACCUUUUCUGAGGCCACGAUAUUGGAUAAACCACACGUUUGUAUGUCCGCUACAGAGUACAUCAGCUGCUACCCGUGAGGGGGUGGCCCAGUAGAUGUUCGCAGUGAGUAGAAACCGACUCACGUCAUUGUGUUUGGAUGCGCUGCCCGCGAUGAACCGAGUACACUAACCGUUCCGUAGCUGAAGCUACUGCUAUUGCGCACACCAAUUAGGUAAAGGUGUGUUGUGGCCUGAGACGCCUCAGGUUGGGAAUAAGAACGCUCAGUCCAAGCUUAAUAUCCGAUGUGAUGACUGGAGAAACAAUGAGUGAAUUUAAUUGUUGAUUCAAAAAAUAUAAUUGAAAAUCUCUAUUUCGGUUGACAUCCCGUGUUUCUUGAUUGUAUUGGUGGCUACUUUCCCCGAGUGUUUUUGUGUGUCUGUGGAUUUAUUGAAUUCUGAUGGUUGGAUAAAGUGAUUCAGCCUCUCGCACUCAUCCACUGCCAUCCACGGCAAGGAAGUGCUUUCAUCUAUUGUGCCCGUUCCUUUGGAAUAUUGUGUAGUUUGGAAUUGUUUAUAACGACAGUUCGAGGAAAUUAGAACACGCUUACUAAGAAAAGUGUUAUAAUUAUUAUUCAACCUCUUAUUUUAGCCUGUAAUGACGCCAAUAAUUAUUUGGUCUUAUUCCCCCCCCCCCCUUUUUAACCACUUUACCUUGGUUUAAGUAAAUAGACUUGUUUAUAUUUAUAUACACGUCAUUCUGUUCAAGCAUUUUUGAAGGUUUGCGUUUAAAACAAGUUUCUUCUUUCCUUCUCUCCCUAACCAGAACGUCUGGUCUCUGCACAAUGAACACACGAGUUCUUAGCCCAGAUACAAUGCAACCUGGACGCUAAGGCGGCACGUACCUACCGGCCCAUGGCUGAAGAGUCUAGUGGGGCCGGUUACAUGCCGGUCCCGGGCGCCGGCUACAUGCCGGUGCCGGUCAUCGUAGAGCCGGUGGACGACGACAAUGAUGACGACGAUGAGGUCAGAACGCACGUGACCGGCGGCCAGGCGUCAUCAGCUG